AUGUCCAGACGAAGGCCGAACUUUUCCACACGAACUGCUGAAGAGGAUGUAUCCAGGUUGGAUCCAAACGACCCAGCCCAGGCAUCUCCUGAGGCGAACAGCAGGCUCCUCGAUUGGAGGACUACUCUCUCGUCCCGUCCCUAUGAGCCGCUGAAUGCCUCUUCGCGAAGGUCAGAUAAUCAGCGUCAUCCGUCAUCGACCGGUCUUUUCAGCAGUGUCUCUCGUUGGUGGCACCGCCGAGACAGUGGGAGCCAGGAUUCCGGGGCGGACAAUGUGGCAGCCAAUGUCUCCCACUCUGCAGGGCCGCGGAGAGACUCGAGUCCUGAUAAGAAGGAAAAAUAUGCAUCAGCACAUCGUGCAUCGGAGGCUGCACAUAAGCUUGGGACAUUUUCUGGAGUCUUCGUGCCGACAACGCUGAAUGUGCUCAGUAUCCUGAUGUUCCUUCGGUUUGGGUUCGUCCUCGGGCAGGCUGGCUUACUUGGGAUGCUAGGACUUCUUGUUGCCUCUUAUACAAUCAACCUGGUAACGACAAUGUCUCUCUCCGCCAUCGCAACGAACGGUACCGUAAGAGGAGGCGGCGCAUAUUAUCUGAUUUCUCGAUCACUAGGACCUGAAUUUGGUGGCUCGAUUGGAAUCGUAUUCUACCUAGGCUAUGUCCUGAAUACUGGCAUGAAUGCUGUCGGUCUCGUUGACUGUUUCACUCAGAAUUUUGGCACGGAAUCGGGCAACUGGGCCAAUUUCCUUGAAGAAGGAUUCUGGUGGCAGUAUCUAUGGGGAACUAUCGUCUUGGUUCUGUGCACUGCAAUAUGCUUGGCCGGGAGCUCUAUGUUCGCGAGGGCUAGUAACGGACUGCUAUUCAUUCUACUGGUGGCGACAUUCAGCAUCCCAGUUUCCGUGAUUGCCAUGAAACCUUUCAGUAAUCCCAAGUUGAACAUUGAAUUCACUGGCAUUCGGCUGCAGACAUUGCUGGAGAACCUGAAGCCUAGGCUCACCAAGGGUGCCGCUGGUAGCCAAAUCCAUGGACGAGAAAAUUUCCAGGACCUCUUCGGAAUCUUGUUCCCUGCUACAGGCGGAAUAUUUGCGGGUGCCAGCAUGUCGGGUGACUUGAAAAAUCCUAGCAAAUCGAUACCCAAGGGGACGCUUUAUGGACUGGCACUGACUUUCGUCACUUACACGCUUGUGAUCCUGGCAAUGGCUGCCUCAAUAACCAGAGAGUCGUUCUACAAAAAUACCAGCGUCCUCCAGCUGGUCAAUGUUUCCGGUGUCGUUAUCCUGCUGGGGGAGUUUGCAACGUCGUUCUUCUCCUCCUUGAUGGGAGUCAUCGGUUCUGCGAAACUCCUCCAGGCCAUUGCGCGCGACAGUAUUCUUCCUGGGCUGAGUCUUUUCGGCAAAGGCAGCAAAAAGAGUGACGACCCGGUGUAUGCUAUAAUUUUGACUUUUGUAUUCGCACAGCUUACAAUGCUUUUCGAUAUCAACCAGAUCGCAUCCUUUGUUACCAUGACGUACCUGAUGACAUUUUUGGUUACGAACUUAGCGUGCUUUCUUCUGAAGAUUGGUUCCGCCCCCAAUUUUCGACCGUCUUUCCACUACUUCAACUGGCAGACUGCGGCAGCCGGAACUUUGGUGUGCGGUGCCAGCAUGUUCUUCGUGGAUGGACUCUAUGCCACCGGCUGUGUUGGCAUUCUCAUUGUGCUGUUCUUGCUGAUUCAUUACUCCUCGCCUCCAAAGUCAUGGGGAGAUGUUAGCCAAAGCUUGAUCUACCACCAGGUGCGCAAGUAUUUGCUUCGCCUUCGUCAGGAACAUGUCAAAUUCUGGCGGCCUCAGAUUCUGCUUUUUGUGACCAAUCUUGAUGAACAGUACAAGAUGGUCUCUUUCUGCAACUCACUGAAGAAAGGAGCGUUGUUUGUGCUGGGCCACGUGCUUGUGACGGAUGACUUCUCUGCCGCAGUGCCAGAAGCUCGUCGUCAGCAAAGUGCAUGGACAAAGUUGGUUGAGUACUCUCGAGUCAAGGCCUUUGUCAACAUUGCCGUGGCUCCGAGUGUCGAGUGGGGCGUCAGAAAUGUCGUUCUGAAUUCUGGACUCGGAGGGAUGAGGCCCAACAUCGUGGUUAUCGAUCAGUUUCGGAAAGGUCAAUCGCUUGCUGAAGCCUUGCAGCUUCCCGGUCACAGAAAAGACUCUACGAACAGCAAACGCAACUCUCACGAGACGCAUGGCGAGUCAUCUGAGAAUGAGGCGCAAGGCCUUUCUAUGAGCUGCAGAAGCUACGUGACUAUACUCGAGGAUCUUCUCUUCAAGCUCCGCAUUAAUGUUGCCGUGGCCAAAGGAUUCGAAGAUCUCGAGCUUCCAAGCCCGGAUGGACAGCAUACGAAGAAGUAUAUCGAUCUGUGGCCUAUUCAGAUGUCGGCCGAGCUUGGCGCAGACAAUGAAAGCAAACAAAAUGUCCUCACGACUAACUUUGAUACAUACACCCUCAUUCUUCAGCUAGGAUGCAUUCUAAACACAGUCCCCUCGUGGAAGAAGACGUACAAGCUUCGGGUGGCGGUAUUUGUGGAAUACGAGACCGACGUUGAAGACGAGCGCCGAAGGGUUGAAGCUCUCCUUGAGAAACUUCGAAUCGAGGCGGAAGUCCUAGUCUUCUGGCUUGCAUGUGGCGACUUGAAAGCGUAUCGCAUCAUUGUCAACGGUGACAUGAGCCCGGAUACCAAGGAAGCCCAGGACCGUGUUCACGCUGUGCUGGAGCAUGAAGAUUGGUGGCAGGAGCUACGGCAGUUCCGCAAUAACUCGAAAGAUGCCCAGGAGACAUCGGGCCAAUUAAGCGUCGCGAGCUUACCGGAAAGAAUGUCCAGCUGGAGUGGGGCAUCGGGCCACGAAAUGACAAGGUCGCAGAGUCAAAUGGCUGGUGGACUGAGGAGAUUUAUCCAGUCCCGGCGGCGGCGAUCUAUAUCGAGUUUCAAAGGGCUUGGAGGGGUCAGUCUAGGCAUGAAGACGCAUCGCCUACUUGAUUCGCUCGUUCACUACGACAGCAGUGCAAGCGAGAGUAGCAGUGAUAGCGAAUUUGAGCCGUACGCUAGUGACGAUGACGGCGGAGAAGAGGGAUCACCGGAGACUGAUGAUCAUAAUUCACAAAGUCAUGAAGUCGUGACUUCGCCCAAGACGGAUCAAAUGUCACCUCAGGAGAUUACAGUCAGGCAGGAUAUUCCAUCCAUCAUCACUACGGGCGAAGAGGCAUCUCCUAAGAGCAAAGUUGGGCUUACCCGGCCACCCAUCAGCCGCUCACCAUCUAGCAACCGGUUCUGUUCCUCGCCCAUACCUGAAGCAAGAGUCAGCACAGAGGAAAACGCGGGCCCGUCCAUUAUGUUUGCGCCAAGCUCAUCGCCUCCGCGCUUCCCGAACCGGUUGGAAUCAAUCUACACCCGACGUUCCUCCUCCGGGGCUAGAAGUGCGUCGGGAUACCCCAACCAGGCGUCUGUUCCUCUGUCAUUCGACGAUCUUCCCAGUCGUGCGCAGCACCUGAUCCUUAACGAACUGAUGGCCAGGCAAAGCAGUCAGACGGCCGUCAUCUUCACGACCCUGCCUUCCCCGUCCGAGGGUACCGCGGAAAGCGAAGAGACAAGCGAGUCUUACCUGAGUGACUUGGAGGUCCUGUGGCAAGGACUGCCACCCUGCCUGUUGGUCCACAGCAAUAGUAUGACUGUGACAAUGAACCUGUGA